AUGGCCAUCAUCCCGCACGCUGCCGCAAACGCCCUCGAUACCGCCCAGACUGCCCUCGACGCCCUCGCUGCUGAUGUCGACCUCCUCUGUGAGCCGAUCCUCGCCGCCGCAGGCGACGACGCGCCGCACGCCGCUGACGAGCUUGCCGCCGCUCGCACAGACCUCCAAGCUGCGCUCGUCGGUACCCAGCAGCUCAUUCAGCUGACCAUCUCUGAGGCCGAGGACUUGCGGAUGCACCAGCUGACCACCAUCGACAGCCUCCGUGCCCAGCUCGCCUCAAACUCAGCCGAGCUGGCUGCCGCCUCGGCUGCCGCCGCCUCCGUUCGCUCAAGCCUCACCGCCGCAAAUGCUCGCUGCGACGAUCUCCGCCGUCAGCUGCAAUCCGCCCGUGCUGCUGCUGCCGCCGCCACCGCUGCUCCUCCUCCUCCCCGGCCGCAUCCGGCUGUCACUGUCGUUACCGCUCUCAGCCUCCCCCUGGCGGCUUUGGUGUGGUCAGCGACUCAUGCAAGCGAUCUCGAUCUGAGCCAGGCGCCCGCCGACGCCUCUGGCUCGCUCCUCGCCACCCUUCCGGCCCUGCUGCACGCAAUGGCACCCGCUGAGCACGACACCCUACCUGGGGCGGCCUUGGCAAGCCUGAUCACAGCGGCAGCGGCAGCCGAGUCCGGCGCAGCCCCGGCCCGCGCCCGCCCGGCAGCCAUGACCACCAUGCCUGGCUGCACGGCUCUGACCGCCGGCCGUUCUUGCCGAGACCCAGGCCGUGAAUCCGGCGUUGACGCACUGCGGAUGGUCCUGGUCGCCGAGGCCGUUCUCGGUGCGCUCGGCAACUCGGCAUCGCGGCCAACCGGGCGGCUGGCCAUCCUCGAGUCCGACGGCGUCGUUGACGCCCUCACUGCCAUGCUCCUCGCGCUCGUUGACGCCACCGAGGCAAUGCUCACCGCCUCACCGGGCCCAUCGUCGUCGACCGGCCUUCAUCUCUCUGCUCAAAUUGAGCUCGCUUCGCGCCUUGUCACGCUUGUCCUCAUCGCCAUGUUCAACAUCUCGCUCGGCCAACGCGGCGCACGUGAGCUCGUCGCCCGCGAGCCCGACACCCGGUCGGCCCUCUGCUGGAUCGCCCGUUCCUGGCCCUCGGACGACAUCCGUGUCAAGGCAGUUCACCUCCUCUACUCUUUCCUCGAGUUCAAGGCCUUUACCCUCGCCUCUGAGCCCGAGCACGCUUCAGCUCGCGCCUUUUUUGCCGGUCUCGCCGCCGACGACAACGACACCAUCCGCAACACCGCACACGCCAUUCUCUCCCACCUCCACGCCAAACCGGCGCCGUCCAAGUAA